AUGAGCACGAGAAAAUUUCCUGUUCUCUCUCAGCUGGAUACAAAGAGUACCAGUAUUUCGAAUGACACAAUUCCGAAUAGGACAUUUAGCAGCUCUCAGUGUGGUAGUAGUAUGAACGCAGUAUAUAUAGCCAUUAACGAGUAUUCAAAGAGAAUGGAAGAUGAGUUGGACAUGAAACCCGGCGAUAAAAUACAAGUCAUAACCGAUGAUGAGGAAUAUCAUGAUGGUUGGUAUUAUGGGCGUAAUUUACGGACUAAAGAAGAGGGGCUCUAUCCUGUUGUCUUUACACAAGAAAUUAGCCCUGAUACGAGGCCAUCCGUAAUGAGAGCUAAAUCUUCCAAAAGGGUUGCUAGUUCAGGUAAUGGAAGCAAUUCCAACUUAUCUAGCUUUUCGCAAACAGGAUCUACAAGUGAACUACCGACCCCGACUCCUUUAGAGACGGCUUCUCAAAUACCUUUGAGUUUAAGAAAGAGUUUUAUCGAUCGGAAAGCUUCAUUAAAGACAACGAUGAGUGACAUCGAUAGAGCUUUAGAGGAACUAAGAACGGAUUCUAUUGGAUCCAGAGAAAAUAUGACCCAAAACCUGACUCAUGAGACCAUACUUUCGUCUACGAGAGAUCUAGAUAUUUCUGACCCGGCAACAGCUAGUUCAACAAAAUCUAAUGAUACCACUUCUCUUGGACUGAAUGUGGCAGCAAAUUCCAUAAACGGUAUCUCAAAAGAUAAACUAGAACCAUCGAAAGUGAAUGCCUGGACUCCAGAAGAAGUUACGGCUUUUUUCAUCAUGUCAGGGUUCGAUAUACAAUCCGCAUCAAGAUUCCAGCAGCAUAAAGUUUCCGGGUCUAUUUUACUACAACUAGAGUUGGCACAUUUAAAAGAAUUAGAUAUUGACUCAUUUGGCACUAGAUUUGAAAUUCAUAAAGAAAUUGAACUAUUAAAGGAGGCAAGUGAUUCGGUGAAUAUGGACGAAACAAGUAAGGUUGAUAAUUCCACACAACUUAUGCCACCAGCAUUUUUGAAUCAAAAUCCAAGUUAUAGAGGUCACCUUAGGAAAGUUUCACAGUCACUGGAUGAUUUACCUCAAAAAAGUCCCUCGAAUCCUUUGUUAGAAAGGCCUUCUAAUGUCAAAGUAGCACAACAAAGGCCGUUCUCCAUUAUUGACAAAUUUUCCGAACACAAUGGCAUGAAUAGCAAUAAUGGCACUAAUAGUUAUAGUAACAAUCAAAUGCAAAAUAAUCAUAAUAAUUUAAAUUACAAUAAUUAUGCGACGCCUGAGUUGGGUACCCCGAAAGCAAUUAUCACCCCUCAAGAACUUAAAGAGAAUGUUGAUCCUAGUCUAUUCACUUCACCAAGGAGAGCUCCAAAGCCACCAUCAUAUCCUAGUCCUAUGCAACCUCCAAAGUCACCAUCUUUCAGUAAAGAUCAAAACACCUGGUCUGGAAGGACUUAUUCACCUCCAACCAUAUACGAAAAGGCGAUGUCAACAUCAAGUGAGGUUCCAGAUCCUUUUAAAUUUCCACCCCCUCAGAGUCCCCAUCUUCAGGAUUAUAAAGUCGAAACUGGAACUCCUCUAGCGGAAAACUCAGGAAUGCUUUUCCCCUCCCUAAAUUCAGAUAGCGGGAAUAGAUCUUCUGUUAUAUACUCCGGUCAUAGAAAGAAUCGGUCUGGUGGAUCUUUCGUCGACUUAUUCAAUAGGGUUUCACAGCUUUCCCCCGGUACCCAGUUACAGGCAGAUGAAUUGAGUGGCAUGAACAAUAACGUUGAUUUCAAUGCAAGACCGUCAUCCAGCAUUUAUGUGGGUCAUUCAAGGACAGCAUCCGUAGCUCGUGUUAGGCAUCCUUCUCAAAACUCAGAAUUAAAGAAACAUAGAAGAACUUCUUCAAUGUUGUCAUUCUUUUCGGCAAAAAACGAGGAUAGGCCGUCGUCCCCAAUCAAAGGUUCUCAGAACUUUGGACAUGCUGGCUCUCACAGCAGAAAAAACUCAUAUACCGUAAGUCCAAUUAAACAACAGCAAAAUCAGGAUAUUAUAGCACCAUUUUCUCCCUCAGCCAAGCCACCAAAAAUUUCACCGGAUAGCAGUGUUCCUAGCAGAGUAGGAUCCUCCUCGCCGAUGAAACAAAGGACUUCUAAAAAGGAGGAGACGAAAAGGAGAUCUGUUAGUGCCAAAGAAACUAGUAAGGACUCUCUGGAUGACUCCAAUAGUACUCCUGCCGAAGAUGAUAAGAAGAAAAGGUCUGUGAGCGAAGCUAUCAAGGGUAAAGGUACUCGAGUGAAGACCACUCGAAAACAGCAGACUUCAGCCUUCAUGGAAGGUAUACGAAAUGUCAGCGUCAAAGAUGCAAUGAUAAACGCAGACUGUUCGGGUUGGAUGAGUAAAAAAGGAAGUGGUGCUAUGGGAGUAUGGAAAACAAGAUUUUUUACUUUACACGGAACAAGGCUAUCAUAUUUUGCAAGUACAACAGAUAGCAGAGAACGUGGCUUAAUUGAUAUAACAGCGCAUUGUGUAAUACCCGCAAAAGAAGAUGACAAACUUGUCUCCUUGUAUGCCGCAAGCACCGGGAAAGGGCGCUAUUGUUUCAAGCUUUUACCUCCCGCUCCAGGCUCGAAAAAGGGUUUGACGUUUACCCAACCUCGAGUUCACUACUUCGCUGUAGAUUCAAAAGAUGAUAUGAGGGCAUGGAUGGCAGCGUUGAUCAAAACGACCAUAGACAUUGAUACAUCUGUUCCAAUAAUCAGCUCCUGUGCAACACCAACGGUCUCCUUAAGCCGGGCUCAAGAGAUGUUAUCCGAGGCUCGUGAGGCGACAAGACUGAGAGAACAGCAAAGGUAUUUAAAUGAGGAAGAUGAAGAUCAAAUGCUAUGGGAAAGUCAACAAAGACAAACUAGCGCUGGUGAUGACGAUAUGCUCGGUUCGGCGAUCAAUAUCUCGUCGAACGGAAAUACCACUGUUAACUCCACUGGUUUCGCGAGCCCAUACUUGUUGGCUUCUGGAGCGCUAUCCCCUUCCAUUGCAAUGAAUGGUGAAAAAUUUCAAGAUAGAGUGAAAAAUAAUGACUAUGUUGGUAUCAAAAUGGCGAGUCCAGGUCAGCCGCUUUAA